GUAAAAUCCACCUCCUCCAGGAGAUGCCGGGGCCCCCACGGAGCCGCCGAGAUGCAACUUUCUGCUGCAUCGAAGCCUCUGCCUUCAUUAUGUAACGGCGCUGCUGCCUGGCACGGUGCUCGCCUCCACGUCCUGCACAACUUCAGUGCAACGAGGGAUUGAUUUCCACUCUCCUGGACUGGCUCUGCUGUUUAUGAUGAGCUGACGAGCCUUUUCUUGGAUCUCGGGCCAGGGGUGCUUUCUGUGACCCCGUCAUCUCAGCGCAGGGCUGGGUGGAAGGGUGACAGCACCCAUUGGCCUGGCAGCAGGUCUCGGCUGUGCAGCAUCCUCCAGGAGCAGUGCUGGUGUUUGGGGCCCUGCUCUGCCACCGGCACAAUCCCUGAGGAAGAGCCUCCCUCCAGCACAGCCCUUCAGGAUGAUUGGCCCAGGACCACCAGCAGGGACCUUCUGGGCACACUGCAGCUGACCCACAGUGCUGGGACCCCCAGUGCAGCCUGGCUGCCCACCCCCCUGGGAGCUGCCACUGCCAAUGCAGAGCCCCUGGGCACGCAGGGCACAGCUGCAGCUCCGCUCCCCCAUGGCAGCCCCUUCCCCCCGUGCCCCGGCCCAGCUGCAUGGUGUGGGUGCCCCUGAGGAGCACCAGGACUGACCGCCGGGCCCCACUGCACGCACCCCCCCCCUGCUGCACCACCACCAUGUCUUUGGAGUGGCUGAUGGACUGGAGCUGGUCCCUGGACGGACUCCGGGAUUUCAUUGCCACAGGCAUCCAGUCUUUCCGGGACUGCAACACCAGCGCCCUCGCCGCCGUCGCCUGCCUCCUGGUCCUCUUUGUCUGGUACUGCUACCACGUGGGGCGGGAGCAGCCCCGCGCCUACACCACCGUCAACGCCCUGAUGCAGAGCGCCGAGGCCAACGGCGUGCAGAACGGGUAUGUCUACUGCCACUCGCCCGAGUGUGUGCGCUGCACCCACCACGACGGGCUCAACCAGAAACUCUACCAUAACCUGCAGGAGUACGCCAAGCGGUACUCCUGGUCUGGCAUGGGCAGGAUCCACAAGGGCAUCCGUGAGCAGGGCCGGUACCUCAACAGCCGGCCAUCCAUCCAGAAGCCAGAAGUCUUCUUCUUGCCUGACUUGCCAACUAUGCCCUAUUUCUCCCGGGACGCUCAAAAGCACGACGUGGAGUUGCUGGAGCGCAAUUUUCAGACCAUCCUGUGCGAGUUUGAGACCCUCUACAAAGCUUUCUCAAACUGCAGCCUCCCACAAGGAUGGAAAAUGAACAGCACGCCCACCGGGGAGUGGUUCACCUUCUACCUGGUGAACCAGGGCAUGUGCGUGCCCAGGAACUGCAGGAGAUGCCCACGGACGUACCGCUUGCUCGGGAGCCUUCGCACCUGCAUUGGCAACAAUGUCUUUGGGAACGCGUGCAUCUCUGUGCUGAGCCCUGGCACCGUCAUCGCCGAGCACUACGGACCCACCAACAUCCGUAUCCGCUGCCAUCUAGGUCUGAAGACGCCCAGCAACUGUGAGCUGGUGGUGGGGGGUGAGCCACAGUGCUGGGCUGAGGGUCGCUGCCUGCUCUUUGAUGACUCCUUCCUGCACACGGCGUUUCACGAAGGUGCCCCGGAGGAGGGUCCCCGCGUGGUCUUCAUGGUGGACCUGUGGCACCCCAACGUGGCCGCCGCCGAGCGCCAAGCCCUCGACUUCAUCUUCGCCCCGGGACGAUGACGGCGCUGCCGGGCCAGCUGGUUCCAGGGCAGCCGGGGGGGCCGUGCCGGGCGGCUCCAGCCCCGCAGACGGACGCCGGCCGUGCUGGAAGCUGCCUGCCAGCCCACGGCCUGGGGGUCCUCCCUCCUGGGGGCUCUUGUAAAUGGAAACUGCGACCUGUAUCGACGCCCAUCUCUCCCCUCCCAUCGUUGGCUUCAGGGAUUGUUUUCCGCCGCGGCAGCGCCUCGCCCUCCCCCGCGGCACCACUCCCGUAUGUGUUACGUUGCUACUGUGUUUUGCGGUGUUCAGAAGUAGAGUAACAAAACCAAGGGUGUUUGUUUGGAUGUAAUGAUGUAAAAUUUCUCGUGGUCAUCAAAACAACACACACACACACACCAGAACAGCAAA